UUCUAAGACAAACUGAAACACACAGCACAGCGGGAAUCGUGAGUUUGAGCGAAGACCCUUCCCCAUCUUCCCACGUCUGUUGGUGUCGGCCGCGUCGCGUCGCGCCGGCUCCUUUGGGAAGGCUGGUCUCGGAAGCUCCGCCCCGACGACCGACCAAGCCGACCCGCUGCGGGAGCUCCGUGCGCACUUCGAUCCGGGGUCCGGUCAAGUCCCGAACCACUCGGGGACCUCCGGCGCUCAUCUGGACUUCUGCUGCGUCCCACCACCAUGGACAUCCGCUGCCUUUGUCGGCUCUGUCUGUUGCUGCACACGUUAAUGUUGAUGGGGCACCCUAUUCAAGCGUCGGCCAACUGGAUGUACUUGGGCACACUGGGUGGCCGCGUGGGGCUCGCGUGCAGCCGGGGCUUGGGCCCCGACGGCGGCUGGCUGACCCCGGCUCAGCCCCGGGAGCUGUGCGAGCGCGGGCCCCAGGCGCUGGCCGCGGUAGCCGCCGGGGCGCGCCUGGCGCUGUCCCACUGCCAGAGGCUGUUCCGACACGAGCCGUGGAACUGCUCCCUGCACAGCUUCGGAGACACCAUCACCAGGGGCAGUCCCGAGACGGCUUUCGUGUACGCCCUGCACAGCGCCGGUGUGGCCCACUCCGUGGCCCGUGCGUGUGCCGCGGGCCGGCUGCGGGAGUGCUCCUGCGGGCCGGGCACUACCACGUCCUCCUCUGCGGGCCCCAGCGGCGUGAGCCAGCAGGACGCCUGGCGCUGGGGCGGCUGUUCGGACGACGUGCGCGCCGGCCUCCGCGUGUCCCGCCAGCUGGGAAGGGCCGCCGAGCGGCAGCAGCAGCGCGGGCAGCGGGCCGAACCUUUGCGCAGGGCGGCCAACCUGCACAACCUCAAGGCGGGCAGGCUGGCCCUCUCCGGCAAGGUCCGCCUGCGCUGCCGAUGCCACGGCGUGUCGGGUUCGUGCGGCCUGCGUUCGUGCUGGCGGAGUCUGGGACCUCUGGCAGCCGUCGGGCGGGUCCUGAGGGACAAGUACCGCCGCUCAGUGCCGCUCCUGCAGCGCGGCAGCCGUGCCAGCGGUCCCCGGCCCCGCGCGUCGGACCUGGUGCACGUGCGCCCGUCGGCGGACGUCUGUCGCCCGGGCCCUGAGGGCGUGCCCGUGAGUCGGGGACGACCCUGCCGAGAACCACGGACCUGCGACCGCCUGUGCUGCGGCCGAGGAUUCGAGACCCGCACAGUGCGACGCCUGCAACGCUGCCGGUGCCGCUUCCACUGGUGCUGCUACGUCACCUGCGACGUCUGCGAGACGCGUCUGAAGACCUACUCCUGUCGCUGAGUUAUAACACGCCACGGACGGCUUCGUACGAAAACAUAUUCGGGAGCUUGGAGACGACAUUGCGCGGGGGACCUUAG